GGCCGAGAAAGAAAACUACCUCAGCUGCGGGGUUCAAAAGGGUCUUGAUGUCCAAGUUUACUUUCCCUCUCAUUUAUCUCUCAUGAAUUUCUUUCAUCAUCUUUUAUCUCUUAUGUAACCCAAAGAGCAUCCUUCUUUGUCGUUGUGAGCAAAAUUCGCCCAAAAUGCCCAUUGACUUCCACCUGUCCGCUUCCCAGGAGGGAACUUAUCAAGCUGCCCGGUCUUUGGCCCGCAAUUUGCUGAUGCCAGCCCGGCAAACCUAUCUUCAACACCCACCCAACUCCCCUCUACGCUUCCAAUCAACACAACCCACUUAUGCCGCCGCGGUUUCUGCGGGGAUUCUCAAGGGCCAAAUCUCCCCUGCUCAUGGAGGCACUGGCGGCACCCUCAUUGAAUCCGCUAUCCUAGUAGAAGAAUGCUACUCCAUCGAACCUUCCGCCGCCCUCACCAUCUUCGCCACUGGUCUCGGCCUCACACCCAUCAACCUCGCUGCUGGACCUCAGCACGCAGAAUUCCUUGCCCCUUUCCUCAGUGGUGAAGGUAGCCCCCUUGCGUCUCUGGUCUUUUCCGAACCAGGUGGCGUAGCCAAUGCUCUUGAAAAGGGCGCGCCAGGUUUCCAAACAACCGCCCGACUGGAAGGAGAUGAGUGGGUCAUCAACGGAGAAAAGAUGUGGGCUACUAACUGCGCAGGCUGGGAUUUCAAGGGGUGUGAUCUUGCUUGUGUCGUUUGCAGAGAUGCUACUACUCCGUUGGAAGAAGGACAAGAUCCAGAAAACAAGGUGAUGAUCGUUUUGGUCACGAGGGCUGAUUUGGAUAGGAAUGGAGAGGGAAGCUUUGAAGUGUUGAGACAUGUGGCUACACCGGGACAUACGAGUGUAUCGGGACCUCACGUAAGGUAUACUAAUGUCAGAGUUCCGACGAAAAAUGUACUUUGUCCGGCCGGACAGGGAGCAAAGGUAGCGUUUGGAGCCUUUGAUGGGAGCGCUGUUUUGGUGGGGGCAAUGGGGGUUGGCUUGAUGAGGGCUGCUUUUGAUGCUGCGCUAAAAUUUGCCAAGGAGGACAACAGAGGAGGGGCAGUGCCACUGCUGGAGAGGCAGGCUUUUGCGGAUCUGUUGAGCGGGGUAAAGAUACAGACUGAAGCUGCGAGAGCACUGACAUGGAAGGCUGCUCACGCUAUGGAGAAUGGACCGGGUGACUAUGAUGCCAGGAGGGAGCUGGCUCUGGCGGCCAAGGUGUUUUGCAGUGAGGCGGCUGUUAAGGCUUGUACGGAUGUGAUCAAUGCAGUCGGGAUCUCGGCAUACGACCUCCAAAGGCCAUUCUCGGACCUCCUGAACACAGCUGUGGUGUUGCCGAUCUUUGAUGGUGGAAAUGUUGGAAUCCGUAGGCGCCAUUUACAGCAGUUAAUGCUGAAACCAACAUACGAUGCCUGGUCAUCAACGUAUGGUAGUUUGCCUUGACCCGGCUGCAGGAUUGAAAGUAGGUGGCCAGUCGCAUAAGGUGAUUUCUGAUGAAAAGAAGGCAGUCCAAAGGUCAUACUGUUGGCUGAACUGAAGACGCUCAACUCUUGGCUACUCUGUUUGUCUGACACUUUCGGCAGAGGAGAAGUCCAGCUGUUGUGUGGUAGCUGGUAGGAGUCAAUAAUGAAUGUAUAUCCCGAGCUAUCGCUCUGCAACCUUUGCUGCGCAUUGCUGUCACAGAAUACAUCAAGGGUUUCAAUACCUCGUGAAGCCAUCA